CAUAAACUGAUAGCGAAUGGGUAAAAAGCUGUGGUAAAAGACAUAAUUACUGGGACCGUGAGGUACUCGUGCUCCGUUACGACGAGACAGCCUCGAAACAAACGCUGACAUCUCCUUUGUUUACAGUGAUAUUUAGCUCCUAAUAUGGCGACGCUAGUAUGUUAACGCAGGGCUCAGGCUAUUCCGUGGAAGCGACUGGAAGAGAUGAGCGCUACAUAUGUAGUAACGGCGAGGUAACAGGAAUUCCUUAAUAUGAGUGAUGAUAAACCUUUCCUAUGUACUGCUCCUGGGUGUGGACAGAGAUUCACAAAUGAAGACCACUUGGCUGUCCACAAACACAAACAUGAGAUGACCCUGAAGUUUGGCCCUGCUCGGAAUGACAGUGUUAUCAUUGCAGACCAAACCCCAACGCCUACUCGCUUCCUGAAGAACUGCGAGGAGGUCGGGCUCUUCAAUGAACUCGCCAGUCCUUUUGACCAUGACUUCAAAAAAGCCACUGAAGAUGAAAUUAAAAAGCUACCCCUAGAUUUGUCACCUCUUGCGACACCUAUCAUCCGCAACAAAAUUGAGGAGCCCACAGUGAUAGAGACACAUCGAGAUAGCCCUCUGCCUCAUCCUGAGUCUACUACAAAUGAUGACAAGGAUUUAUCUUUGCGGCCAGCCUCACUGCCAACAUCCACUAUAGUCCAUCCUGCAUCCCUCCAAGUUCCCAAUGUACUUCUAGCAACCUCAGACGCUAAUGUUGUAAUACAGCAAGCUCUCCCAUCGCCAACAUCUAGCUCUGUUAUUACCCAAGUCCCAUCUACUAAUAGGCCUAUAGUCCCAGUGUCUGGUACCUUCCCCGUGCUCUUACAGCUGCCUAAUGGCCAGACCAUGCCAGUUGCUAUACCUGCAUCUAUUACAAGCUCAAGUGUACAUAUUCCAACUACAAUUCCUCUUGUCAGACCUGUCACCGUAGUGCCUAACGUCCCUGGAAUCCCAGGACCUCCCUCGCCACAGCCUCAGCCGGCCCAGUCAGAAGCAAAGCUGAAAUUGAAAGCCACAUUAAGCCAGCAGCUUCCUCAGGUAACCAAUGGAGAUGGUGGUGAAAUCCAAAGCAGCGCUGUAACACACACCGCUGCCCCUGCUUCUCCUGUCCCGACUCCAACCCCAACUCCAGCCCCGACCGCAAUCCUUACUCCGGCUCCUCACCUGCCCACAACCGAGGCACCCUCUCCACAUUCUCUGCAGCAGCCAGCCACCUCCACCACAGAGACACCUGCUUCCCCGGUGCCCCCUGCACCAAACCCACCAAGCACAGGGGGUCGGCGGCGCAGAACAACGAGCGAAGACCCCGACGAGAAGAGGCGUAAAUUCCUGGAGCGGAACAGGGCCGCAGCUUCUCGCUGUAGGCAGAAGAGGAAGGUGUGGGUCCAGUCUCUCGAGAAGAAGGCUGAGGACCUCGCCUCCAUGAACGCACGCCUACAGACUGAAGUCACCGACCUGAGAAACGAAGUGGCUCGGCUGAAGCAGCUUCUUCUGGCUCAUAAAGAUUGCCCUGUAACCGUCAUGCAGAAGAAAUCUGGCUAUCACAUUACUGACAAAGAUGAGAGCUGCGAGGAGAUGUCCGUCCCGAGCAGCCCCCAGAGCGAGGCCAUUCAGCACAGCUCCGUCAGCACCUCCAACGGGGUCAGCUCCUCCUCCACGACCCCGGCCGUCUCCGCCCCGUCCGGCGCUGCCGCCACCGCGUCAAAUCAGAGCACAGAGGAGAGCCAAACGCGGAGGGGCGCCAACCAGUCUCAGCCUUCAGGGAGUUGAUCGUCCCAAACUGUGCCCGAGCGUCAUCGCCGGAGUGCCGUCGCCUCUACAGUCUCUCUGACGAGCAGAGCAAAGGGAUUCUCUCUGAGCUUCAGUUCGGACCGUACUGUUUUUAAUUUAUUCCUGAUUUCUUUUAUGUUUUGUCCAUUUUGUAAUUUAUAGGCAAUGCUUUUAAAAAUGCAAUGUUUUCUCUGGAACCGAUGAAGACAAAAGAAUAGGCACUUUAGGUGUAAGAUGUAAAACACGUGGUUCUUAAGUGUUUGGAGUUUUUUUGUAUUUAUGUGACUUAUUUAUUAAUCUUAUGGGUUUUUUUUUUUCUUUUUAGUUUAAAGGCGAUCAGCUUCAGCGGUUGAUCAGCGAAUCGUUAGCGACCGUACCAAAGCGUGCCGUGGCUCAUUUUGCAGUUUUUCUUGUUUCGUCUUCACGACGUUUUGUAAGCACUAUCUUUACAAUGAAGUAGAACUGACACUUUUUAUUUAAAAGUAACUUUACUUUGUUCCAUUUUGCACAUAUUUGAGAGAUAUGACGGGUUUACUUUUAAAGACAGUCCGUACAUUAAAUACAGGCAGCUCUGUUUUUGUUUUCCUUUAGAAGUAGAUUAAAGUGCUGUCGCAUCACACAAAUGUAAAUGUCUGAAUCAGAUUUGAACUUUGACUGAUUUUCUGUGAGUGAGGUCAGCUGUAGUUGUGCAAUUUGAAUGUGUGAGCUCGCCUCUGCCUGUAGGGUAGUCUUCUGGAGGUGAGCCGAUUAGGAAACGUGUGUUAUUUCAUUAACAUUCCACCUGUAGUCUGAUUGUUCCUGAAGCAGUGAUUGUAGGAUUGCAGUACCUUAUUUUCCAUUACUCAAUCAUGGUGAUGUUGACUUCAUUCAGUGCCAUUAAUGUUUUUGUAUAAAUGACUUGAGUACAUUUUUAAUGCAGAUUAGUUUGAGUUGAUUGCCGUAAUUUCCGAUUUUAAGGGUCUCAGUAGAGGAGAUCUCCUGCUUUGUAUACUGUCUCUGCUUUAUAAGUGACUCGUAAUGGCUUUAGCGUCUAAUGCGGAGCACUUAAUGACAUUAGGCUGUUUUCAUGGUUGCAAAUCUAGGUGACAUUUUUUAGAAAACAUUGUAAAUAACAUCAACGAUACGUUGUACGUGAUCUUUCUUGGUAUUAUGUACUUUGUUUUUAUAGGAUUGUCCGGAUUCAGUAGCUGAGCCCUUUUGAUUACAUUAACUUUGUAAGCAGUUUAAAAACUGACCUUAACAGUCUUAUUAGGAUAUGCUUUUUUUCUUUCAAUAGGUUGUCAUGUAAAACGAAAGCAUUGAGAUGUGAACUGGAAUCACAUCAUGUAUAUUAAACUACUACAAGUCUGUAAGAAUUAUGAGCAUUUCAUUCAAAUAAUUGUAAGAAGUCAAAUUACACCAUGAAGUCAGUUUGCCUUUUUCUCUUAGUCUGUACUGGCUUACUACUGUGUAGUUUUACAAGAAGCUAACUCAUUGUUUUCCUAAAGUAUGAUUUUACUGUUAUGUGCUAUCUGCAUGAGAUAAUAAUUCUCUGCGAGAAUUUAACUGUUUAUUUGAUAAUGUCUCAGAUAAAUAUAAUUAAACGAGUUAUUACAACUUGAGUUGUGAAAACUUUGGUUACUUGUUUUACUUUUUUGGCUUAAUUGCUAAAAUUAAAAAAAAGGGGUGUGAUACUGUGUUGAAAGUGUACUUGUAAUGUGAAAGUUCUGUAUAAAAUUUGAAUUGAUAAGUUGUUGUAAUAAACCUUUUAAUAUCUCUUUAAA